CCUUGCUGGAAUGGAUGCCCAUGUGGACAGUUGUGCCAUUAGCCUUUUUUGGCGGCACCUUUCAGUGUGGAUGACACAUUUCUUUCUAUACACCUGGAACACCUUGCCAAUCUGCUGCCUUUGCAGUGUCCUCAGACAACCUGAACUUCAUCAUCUUUUCAAAUGUGCAAACAUUAAAGGGGCAUCACACUUGUGUUUCAGCUCUUCAGAACGAGGGGAAGACAUCAUCUUCCUAAAGGGAGAGGGUGCACUGAAAUGCUGUGUAUUUGCUUCUGUCAGAAGUCACAAAGGGACUGAGCUUCAUUUUGGUGGCAGCUGCUCCAGCAAUGGCUUCAAAGGCAAGAGCUAUUGUUUCCUAUUUAACAAGCCUCAGAGUAACCUCUGUUUUACCAAGGAGAGAAAACAGUCCAGGAUUUGCAUUGGGUCUUUGCAAGGUCACUACACAACAGAGGUCUGCUGUGUCACCGUGUUACUGCCCUAGGUGCCAUGUCCUGUCCUACCUUUGGAAGUUGAAUGGGCUAUUACAGUAAACCUUGGUUUGCAAAGCCCCUUCUCGGGUUUCCUCAGAUUAUCAAAUCUCUUAGAAACAGUGAGAUUCUCUACCAGACUAAGUAUUUAUACCUCUUUGGAUAGACAGUGAUGUGGCACGCAUACCAGCAGCACUGGAGAGGUUGAAGCAAGAGGAUUUUGAGUUCAAGGCCAGUCUAGCUCCACAAUGAGUCUCAGUCUCUAAAAUCCAAAACCCUUUCCAAAACCCUCUUUGGGGUUAUGUAACUGUCCCCUUAAAUGCAUGAACACUAUAUGCAAAUAGUUAAGAAAGCUGCCUGGGCUGCUCACUGCAGGGCUUCAUAUCAUCCCUGAGCUGUCAUCUGCCCAUCUGAGUAGCAGUUCCCUGGCUUUCUCUUCUAAGCUGUGAACUGAUCAUGUGUUAGAUGGAGCUGGUCUUUGGUGUAAGUGAAUUUGUGAGAACAGAACUCAAAGCCUCAGGGUCACCCGUAGGAGACCACUGAGACUGGAGAGGCAGUGCCCACUGGCUCUGCCCCCUGAUACCUCAAAACUCAGUUGGUGCUGAAAUGAUAGCUGUUAGGGAAAACUAUUCUCACAGCUUUGGGGGCCUGAGGCAGUGCCCCAAAAGUGUCAUGACAGACCUGAAGCCUGACUCUGGUGAACCUCAGGGGUGGUCUUUGCCAAUAACAUGAGAGAAGCUUGUUAAGUAAGUUCCUUUAAGUGGUUGAGGAAAGCAGGGCUCACUCAACACUAUUUCCCCUGGCUUCCACAUCCAUGGCCCAAAGAGAGUCUGGGAGUGUGGUGGAUGCAGGAGAGAGGGAGGAGAUUGCAGAGGGAGUGAUUAUUACGGGAAGGUGAUAAGAGCUAUAUCUGAACACCAUGGCUAGGCUGUGACAAGAAAGCAGAGAGGUGUAAAUGUCAGGUUGGGGGUGAGAAGCAAGGAAAUUGAAAGGAAAAGCCAGGGCCAGAAAUGGGCCGUCAUUGUCCUAUGGGCCACACUCUGGAACCUCAGCAUCACAGCUGCAGAAAGUUUCCCUGGCACUGUGAGGUGGAUUAGUAAAGUGCUUGCCUUGUAAGCAUGAGGACCUGAGUUCAGAUCAUCAGCACCCAUAGAAAAAGCUGGGUUGUUGGCCAGCACCGAAAAUCCCAGUUCUGGGGAGGUGGGGACAGGAGGGUUCCCAGGCUUGCUAGCUAGCCAGUCUUAAUCAGUAAGCACCAGGUUCAACAAGAGACCCUACCUCAAACAUGAAGGUGGGGGCCAGGAGGGGACUUGGUGGGGAAAAGCACUUGCUGCAACAAACCCGAACUAAGCUCAGAUUCCUAGAACCAACAUGAAAAACUGUAUGUAGUAUCACAUACAUGUAAUCAGUGUUCCUAAGACGAGAUGGGAGAAUAAUCCAGAAGUUCAUAGGACUGCUAAACUGCAUGCCAUUGCAAGUCAGCAGAGACAAGAGAGACACUGCUUCACACAAGGUAGAAGGUAAGACUUGACCCCCGAAAGUUGUCCUCUGGCCUCCAUAUGUGGGUAUGCAUGCACACAUACAUGCACACAACACAAAGGUGGAACACAAUUAAGGAAGAUGCCUACUGUGUUAAUCUCUGACAUCCAUAAGAACAUCAAAGAUCCCCUUCUGGGGUGGUGAUCCAUCGGACUGUCAGGCCUUGCUCAGCUAGCUAAUGUGUAGGUGUUAGGACAGCAAACCAAGUAUAGUGGGUCACAUCUGUAAUCUAGCACUUGAGAAGCUGAGGCAGGAGGAUUGCUAUAAAUUCAAUUCAAUCUGGCCUAUAUAGUGAGUUCCAGGUCUACAUGCAAGCCUUGUCUUAAAACAAAAAGAUGAUGAUAGCAGCUGCCAUCAUUGGGCCCAGGUUGGGAGGUUCUGCUAUGCCCCACGAGUGUUCCAGAAAGGGAUCCAAGACCUUGCACCCCAUUCCACCUGUCUUUCCUUGACCUAGUUUCCAAUGAGAAGGUGAACUCUUGGUAGCAGGGAGUUGAUGCCCCCCCACCUUACCCCCGGCCUUCCCACAGUGUUCCAAGUGUUGGUGUGCAGCGAACAGUUAAACAAAAAUAAAGGAGUUGAAGCGCAUAUCUGCCCCUGACCACUAAGUGACGCCAGUGAUGGCUGGAGAUGUUUUCCACGACCAGUCAAGACAGCUCCUCAAGAAGACAGUGCUGUACCUUAACUAAGAGUUGUACUGAAAGACGUGAAGCUAUUAAAGGUAUAGGCGGUAUGGUUAUUUCCACUUCACAAUAGAAGAAAGCAUCACCUGACCCAGCGCUCUUUCCACUGCCCCAACCCACGGGGCAGGUCUGCCUCCUGCCCAGUUAUGAUAGACCAGGCCCUCUAAGUGGUUCCACUGCUAGGAGACAGCUUCUCACUCCCUUCCCCAUCAUUCUCUCCCCAUUCUGGGCACAGAACAUUUCCAGGUUGCCCAGAGUGAGAUAUUUGCGAGGGAGCAGAGAGGUGCAAGCAAGGGUCAGAUGCCUCAAGACGGAGGAGGUGACAGAAUUCUUUUAUGGAAUUCCUCUGCUAGAUGAUGCCAAACACCCACGCUGCGAGGAGUGGGACUUUUUGCUCCACUUUAGCCUCAAAGGGAAGCUUUGAGAGCUGAUAUAACAUGAUGGCAGAAAGCUGGUGUCGGUGGCCAAGGAGGGUCUUGGGAGCCACCUUUGCUGUGGCGCAGUGCCACACUCCAGGUUGCACACGAACUCUGGUGGGUUUCUGCCAAAGCUCAAAAUAAGGCAGUGCCCACCCUGGUGGCUUUGGGGGUGGAGCCUGCAGAGGGCGGGGCUUUGGGGCAGGGCGAGCUCAGCGCCUCCAGCGGGCUCCUCUCCACUGUAGUUUAAAAGGCUGGAAGGCGGGCUUCGAGAACUAGUAUCUGAGUGCGGGAGAAGAGCCCGCUUGAAACAGCCAUGACCCGGCAGGCAGGGGGCUCUCGGCUGCUCUGCAGUCUCCUCCUCUUUGUGUUGUUCACUGCUGGCGUCGCCCCCUUCAAUUGGGAUCUCCCGGAGCCCCGCAACCGAGCCAGCAAGAUCCGAGUGCACCCCCGGGGCAACCUCUGGGCAACCGGUCAUUUCAUGGGCAAGAAGAGUCUGGAGCCCCCAGGCCUGUCGCUUGUGGGGACAGCACUUCCCAGCAUCCAGAGGGACCAGAGACUGCCGCUGAGUCAUGAUCUGUUCCGGAUCCUCCUGCUAAAGAAAGCCUUAGGCAUGAACCUCAGUGGCCCAGACUCCCCAAUUCAGGAGGCUGCUGGAGCCAAUACUGAAGAAGUGAUGCCAAUAAUGGGACCAACACAACAACAUGGCUUAGAAUGUGUCCAUCCAGGCAAGCUGCUGAAUGCAACCCCAGGAGUGGCCCCAUCUGGAUGUAAAUUCUAAGCUCCAGUGUGUUACUCCUUUGCUGAGAUUUCUGGUUGGGUCACCUGGAAUCUUGAUGAUGCAGACACAAAGUCUUUCCUGCUGUAGUUCUUGCUUCCCUGGUGAAGUUGUGAAUAAAAACCCUGCUCUUUACA